UUGUGACUCCCGCGAGCGUGUCUCUGUCCGCGCUCGUUGCUAAGAAACCGGAAGGAGCAGUGGCGGCGUGGCCUACGGGCUCAGUGUGUGGAAGCAGGCCAAGGAGAGGGGCCUUGAGUGUUGCUUUGAGGGGAUGAGCCUGAAAGCCCGUGAACAACAGCUUGAGGCUAGCCAGUUGAAACAGCACAAACUACCAAAAGCCUUAUGAAGCAGCUCCGUGGGAAUAAGUCUGGGGGUCAUCCCCAAAAGCGUUCUUCUUCUGAUAAAGCCAUUUGCCCCCCAGAUGGACAGACUUCAGAAGAAAGCAGAGAGGCCCUCAGUCCUCAACUGUUGGCUCAAAAGCGAUCUCUGCAAGGCUUGAGUGACAUGAUAGGUGGGACUGGGGAAAAAAGCACUAAUGAUGCCAAGAGACCAAAGUUGCUGCCUUCAGCAAAUUCUACUGGCCAGGACUCCGAAGAUGAUGAUUCAGAUGACAGCGAUUUUGAGAGAGUUGAGAGCGAUAAUGAUGUCAGUGAUGAAACGAGUAGUGAUGAUGGUGAAGAUGACGACGAUGAAGUUGGCAGUGAUUCCUCAAGAAGCAAUAAUGGAGACUCAGAUUCAGAAGACACAACAAGCGAUCCUCUGUCAAAGCCUGAAUUGACAAAAGAAUUCUCUUCAAUGUCUUUUGAGGAACUGCUGAAGUUAAGAAACAAGGUUGGGACCAAGGCUUAUCAGCGGAUGGCUAUUGAGAAGACAGCAAAAAAUACCACAAAACCAAAGAAGAGGCAGUCUUCAAAUAAACACAGGCCAUUGGAACUAUCAGCCAAGAAGCCAGUCCCCUUUCUGCGGCAAGUGGUGCCUGUUAAAAAGAAGGUGUCACGAGACCCGCGCUUUGAUGACCUCUCUGGGGAGUACAACCCUGAAGUGUUUGAAAAGACAUACACUUUCUUGAAUGACCUGAGAAAGAACGAAAAGGAGGUAGUUCAGAAGCAACUGAAAAAAUGUCAGAACAUGGAACAGCGAAACAAACUGCAACAGCUCCUAAAACGUAUGACACAGCAGGAGGACUCUCACAAGAAACGUGGGAAGGAGCGAGAAAAGGACCUUGCCUGGAAGAAACAGCAGAGGGAGCUAGCCAAGCAAGGGAAGAAGCCCUUCUAUCUAAAGAAAUCUGAUAAGCAGAAAUUGGAACUAGCUGAGAAGUACAAGGAGCUCAAGAAGAGUGGGAAGCUGGAGAACUUCCUGAGCAAGAAGCGGAAACGGAACGCUGCUAAGGACAAAAGGAAACUGCCUUCCAGGAAGAAUGUGUAAUCCUUGGCUAUGCCUUGCAGGGGGGGGGGGGUACAGAUCUACCGCUGAAAGUACCAGCACCAUGCCAGGAGCAUCUGCAUCUCCUGAACAAAUGAGAAUUUGAGCAAAUUAAGCUCCCACCUCUGCAUAUGCCUCUCAAGGGUGUACUUUUAUUCAGCCUCAGAUGAGAAGAAGAAGAUUUGCAUUCCUCGCCCAGUUUCUUUCCCUCUUUCUUCCAGAGGCCAGAACCAGAGCUUAGCACACAGAAUCGGAGGGCUUUGCCAGGCUCUGUUCCUCUGACGAAGUUAUAACUUUUGCCCACAGCCUUUUCUCUCCCCACCACGACCCCAUAGCCUGUACAGACUUGUGAACUCCUCAAGUCCUCUUCCUGCCUUCGCAGGGUCGCUCCCUUCCCUGUAGCCCGUCGGGCAGCGCACAUAUCUUCAUGCUCCUAUCUCCAAGUGUAGCUUGGCUCUCUUCCCAGCUGCUUUCUUUCCUGAGCUCUGUAGGAACCCACAGACUUCCCCCAGUAUGCAGAAUUAUUUGGUUUCUCACAUAGGUAUUGCCUUAAGAAAAACCUUCCCUAAAAUAGUAACACUGCCAUGCCUACAGCAUUCCAUCUGGAAGAAAGACAAAUAGCAUGGGGAAUUCUGUUCGUUGGGAAGGCUUGUAUGUAUAUUUACCAGCUCAAUCAGAUUCUAGCUGGGGAUGACUGCUUCCUUUCAUACAAAUGUUCUGCAUUGGACUGGAAAUUGCGGUGUACCGUUAACAGACAGCUUGUAUUUUGAUAUGGCUC